AUGUCAGUAUUUGUAUCGCAAUCGUUAAACGAAGAUGAACCGACACGAUUCUCACGAAUAGGUCGUAAGUCGACAGUACGACGUAAACUCAGUGUUUUGGUGACGAUUAAUGAAGAUGGUACGAUAACAACAACGAAUGCCGGUGAUAUUGGUGACAUUUUGCGCGAUAUUAAUAUGUGGCUGCGAGAUUGUGGUGGUGGUGGUGGUGGUGGCAAGCAGGGCUCAUAUCUAUGA